UCAAAAAAAUGGCAAGCAAUAACAAGAAGUUCCAAGUGAUGUCGUAAAUAAUUGUAGCAAUAUUGGCUUUAAUUCCUUCUCUCAUAAUCUCGUGCCCUUUAGAAAUAACAGUGGUUGUCGUUAUCUAGUGUGCAUAUUAAAUUUAUCGUUUUAAUGUUCGCGGAGGAUAAUUUACAAUGUCUGAAAGUAAAAACAUCGACAGCAGUCCUGGAAUGGACGAAAAAGUUGAUGUCUCAACAAAUAUAGCAGAGCCAAGUGAAGUGUCCAGUGAGGCAGGAAGUGUUAAACAACACAAGCAUACAACAACAGCAGAGAGACAAAUAAAAGUUGAAAGGGCACAGAAGUGUCUAGAAAAUGCAGCUCUUGUGUCCAAAAGAAUAAAAGAACACCGUAAAGCGACUGCUGAGCUAUUGGGACGCCCUUUUGAAGAAGAUGUUGGCGAUACAGCUUCUGAAAUGGCAUCCACCAUGAGCGAAAAAACUGGCUACUCUGUUGCAACUGAUACUUCCACUACUCUGUCUGUACAAGAUGCACUUAAUAUACCUGGCAUAAGUGAAAGUUUAGCAAAUACUUUGAAACAAAAAGAACUGCUUAUGGAAAGAAUUAAACAGUAUAAAGAGAUAAGUAAAAGACCAAUGAAAAAAGCAACUCAAGCACAAAGAAAGGAAGCUGUUAGUGAAACAUGUGACAUUAUAAAACCCACAGAUAACCCAGAUGUAUCAAAACUUAUAAACUCCAUCAAAGAAAAAGAAAAUAAUGUUAGUGAGAUGCAAGUUAGAAUAAAAGCAAUGGAAACAACCAUAUUAGAUUUACAAGAGAAGAUAAAUGAAAAAGACCAAAUUAUAGAAGCUAAAAAUAGAGCUGCUACUUUAAUGUCCGAUAGUCUGAAUAAAAAAGAAAGAGAAGCUAUGGAAUUACUUGAAGAUACAAAGCAACAAAUGGCAAUAAUGCAAUCUAAUUUCCUAACUAUGGAGACAGAAUGGAAAGAAGAAAAGCAAAAGUUGUUGACAGAAAUUGGAGAAAAAAACGAGACGAUAAAACAUCUUCAGGAAGCUAAUAUAAUUUUGGAAAAUUCCCAACUUGAAAUAAGUUUGGCCCAUUCUAAGUUACUCGAUGAGAUUGCCCUAAAAACAAAAGAAGUUCUCGAUUUACAAGAAAGAAUUAGACAUUUUUCUGAAGCAACUGAACCAGAAAUAAAAGAGACUUAUAACGAGAUUGUCGAAGAAAAGGGAUCGUUGGAAAUAAGUAAUAUGGAGGAGCUAACUAAAAAGAUCGAAUUACUUGAACAUAUUAAUUAUGAAAUUAGACAGACCAAUAAAGAUCUGGAGAACCAGUUAAACACCAUGAAUAUUGAAAGUAAAGCAAAUGUUUCCCCAGGUAAGAAGGGCAGUCCUCUUCCCAGUCGUAAAGGAACUCGAAACACGACUUCGAAACUGAAAUCUCCUUGGAGCAAACUGUCUUCCGAAUCAUUACAACAGGAAACAGAUAAAAAGGGCAAGGGUGACAAAUCUAAACAGGAUAUGCUUCUUCAAUCUCUAAAUAAGGAAAUACUGGAAAAAGAAUAUAUGAUAUCACAAAAAGAUAACUUGAUAUCUGAAUUGCAAUCGAUGAAUGAAAAAAAUGAGACUACUAUCAGUGAAUUACGAGAGUCGCAAAAAGAAGUAGUAAACAUGAUUACCGUAGGUACUAACACUGAUAUCCAGGAGCCACUAAAAGUAAUUGAUGUAAUCGAAACCACUACAGACCCGAUACCUGAUUCAGAUGAGAAAUUAAAAAUUGCGCAGGAGCAAAUUGCGGCACUGAACUAUGAAAUUGAAGUUGCAAAUAAAAAUAUGAUAAAAGUUAAAUCCAAUUCUAAGUUAAAACUUAAACAAAUGCAGAACACCAUCGAGAAAAUUAGUAAAGUAUCAGAUGCACAUUCUGAAAUAGUAAAAUUAAAUGAAGAAUUGCACCAACUCACCCAAAAGGUGGCAGAAUUGGAAGAAGAAAAAGGUAAUCUUCAAUUACAUCUCGUAGAUUACGACAGUGGAAGAUUAACUGAAACCGAAAUUUACAAGAAAAUGGUUGAAAUGGAAAAUUUGGCAGAAGCAAGACUAAAAUCUAUAAGCUUAUUAGAAGCCCAAAAGUUCGAUUUAGUUCAAGAACUGCAUAGCCUACAACAAAAUAAUCUGGAAAUGGAAGAUAAAUUAGCUGAUAUAUCUCUUAUACAAAAUGAGCACGUUUGUUCCGAGAUGAAAUCAGUUCAGUUAGAAGAACAAAUAGAUGAGUUACAAGCAGCGAAAAAAGAACUAGAAUUAAUAGUAGAUAAUCUAAAACUAGACAAAGAACAGCUAAAUGGUACUAUUAAAAUUCUUCAACAUGAAAAGGAGGAGUUAAUCCAAAAAUUGGACAAUUAUAUUCAAGAAAAUAUUGAACUCACUGAUAAGUUAGAAAAGCUGAGCGCUGAAAAAGUGAGCUCCGCAGAGUCUAUAGAAAUGGUGGAAUCCUUAACAACUCAGGAAAAGUUAGAGCUUGAAGAAUACAAUAAGGGUCUUGAAACUGAAAAGAAAGUUGAUGAACGUAAAACUGUUAGUCAAGGGUACAAAACAGCAAAUGAGCAACUUCUAGAGGAAACUGUGGAACUUAAAACGAAAAUAGAGUUGUUUACCUCUGAGAGGAAAGAAGUAAUGGAGAAAAUGAAUAAAUUGUCUUUGGAAAACGAAUCCUUGAAUAAAAAUAUGAUUGAACUAGAGGAUAAAUGUAACUGUUUGCGAAAUAAAAUAGACUUGCUAAAUGAAGAAAAAGACAAACUUCUCUCUGUAAAUGAUGAUUUAAAUCAUCAAAUAGAAGAACUUAAACAUGAAAGAACGGAAAUUCUUAAAGAAACAGCUGAAGUAUCAAAACCAUUAAACUUAGAAGAUUCUGUAGAUGGAUCAAUAGUAGAAACAUUGCAGCAUGACGAAAAAUCUGCUGGUGAUAAGGGUAAUAGUAAAACAAAGUCUGUCAAACAACUAACUAAAGAAAUACUUAAACUAAAAAAUACCAUCAAAGAAAGAGAAGAUGAGAUUGCUGACUGUCAAAUGAAAAUUUUGUCAUUGGAAGAACAGCAAGAAAAACAGAUAGAGGUUUCUCAAAGCAAUGCUACAUUUGAAAAGUUAUUAAAGAAACUGUCUGAUGAGAAUAACCAACUAAAGAAUGACAUUGAAAUUAUUAGUAAAGAUAAAUAUGAUAAAGUUGAACAAAAUAAUCAUCUUGCGCAAACACAUGAAAUGCUCCAAAUGGAAAUUCAAAAAAUGCACCAAGAAUAUGCAACUGCUCUAAAUGCUCGGGAUUCCAGAAUUCAUGAAUUAGAAAAUCUAUUGUUGGAGUAUGAAAAACAAGUAAUAAACUACUCCAAUACAUUACAACAAAAAGAUAAAGAAAUGUCGGAAUACAUAAAUCAAAUAACUAAAUUAAAUGACGUCUCACAAAAACUCAAAACAACAAUAGAUAUAUUAGAAGAGGAAAAAAAUAAUGAUCAAAAUGCUGAGUUAUUUAAAUCAUUAAAUAAACAAAUAGGCUUAUACCAGAAGUCGCUAUCGGAUUAUGAAGAAAAGUUACGGAGCCUUGAAGAUGAAAAAGCACAGUUAGCUUCAUUGAACUCCCAACUAGAAAACCAAGUAAGUGGGCUUGAACGAGAGAGUAAAAUACUACAGGAUUCAUUGGUGGAAAAGCAAAAUCUUGUAAAAGAAAUACAGACUCAACAACAGAAACAAUCAGAAGAGUUAACAAAUGUUAUGCUACAAUCCAAAGAUCGUGAUGAAGAAAUACAUGAAAUAAAGUUACAACUGAGAAAAGAAUCUAUAGAUAAUGAGAAAUUACAUAACAUCGUUAUGCAAAAAAGUAGCGAUAUAAGUGAACUGAAAAAGCUUUACGAGGAUGCUAACGAAAAACUCAAUUCCAUAUCAACUAGUAACAGUAUUCAAAACGAACAGUAUUCGGCAUUGGAAAUCAAAAAUAAGGAAUUGACGGAGAAGUUAAAGAAGUUUGCUUUUAACAUAAAGAAAAAAUCGAGUAUGUACUCGGAAUUAGAACAACAACUUCAUGAAGUUCAGAAACAACUGGAGACAAAAAAUGAACAAUAUGAGCAGCUUACAAUACAAGUGGAAACUAUUCCUGCUUUGCAAGAAAAAUUAAAACAUGCAGAGGAAGAGUUCAAUCGAUUACAAUCGUUAAAAAUUGUUCUUGAACAAAAGUCACAAGAAAUCAUACAGCUACAAUCAGAAAUUAAAAAUUUACUAAAUAAUAGUGCUAAUGAUAACGAAAAAAUUACCAAAUUAAAUUAUAAAUUGGAAUUAGUUAACAAGGAUUUGCACAUUGCUCGGGAUGAAAAUACCAGUCUUAAAUCACAAAUUGAAAGUUUAAGCAACAAAAUGGCAGAUCAUGAAAUUGAUCAAAAAAAUAAUUCUAAUCUUACGACAAAAAUAUCAUGCUUAGAAGCAGACUUAAAUCAAAAACAAGAUCUAAUAAGUGAACUAUCUAAUCAGAUUGAAGUUCAGAAAGAAAGGUUGAGUCAAGUGCAAUAUGGCUACGAUGCUAAGGUUCAGGAACGUGACAUGUAUAUUGAAAGCUUACAGUCUGAAAUUGAUAAAUAUAAGAACAGAAUAGACCGUCUUGAGGAUAGUAUUUCCAUAAUGGAAAAUAAACGGCAGUCUUUGGAACGUAGAGCAGAAAAAUUAGAUUCUCAAUUACAUGAAAAACAAAAUGCUUAUAGUGAAUAUACAAACCAAGAAGAUGAAUUAGUAAUUAGACUAGCACUACUAAUGGAUAAUGACAGAGUAGUAGAAAAACAAUUACAUGUAAUAGAAAAUGAGAAUAAAGAGCUUCAUUUGAAAAUUCAACAUCUUAAUGAAGAACUUCAGUACGUGCAAAAGUCAAACUUCGAACUGCAGCAGAAGUGUAUUCUAUUAAAAGAAAAAUCAAGGGAAGCUGAAACAGUUGAUUCGAAAAUAUUACAAUAUGAAAGUCAAAUUAGAGAAUUAGACGCAAAUCUCAAAAGACUAACAAAUGACAAUAGUACUUUAUCAAUACAAAAACAAAGAGAAAUAGAGGAUUUAGAAUCGGAAUUCAACAUCCAAAUUGAAAAUGCUAUUAAAGAAAAGAAAAUAUUAAAUGAAAAAUAUGAGAAAAUAAAUGAUUACGUUACGCAACUGGAAACCCAAUUAAAUGAAUUAAGGGUUGCUGCAGAUAAUCAUAAAGCAAACUUAGAAGAGCUUGCUUUGCAAAAUCUAAAAUUGACUGAGAAGAUUGAGAAGAAUAAUGACAAAAAUUCUAUACCAGAUUACACAGAGCAAUACAUUACUGAAAUCAAUAAUCUUAAUUCUAUUUUGAACAGUAAAAAUCAAGAAAUUUCGGACCUGUGUAGUAAAAUACAGUCAUUACAAACAAAAAACUUAUCGCAUGUAUCAACAUUAGAAAGUGAAAACGUUGAUAUAACAAACAAUAACGAAAUGUUAUUAUUACAGAUAAACAAUUUAGCUAAAGAAACUGAUUCUUUGAAACAAAAUAAUGAUCAUCUAAAAAUGAUGGUUAGUCAAAAAGACGAACAAAUAAAACAGCUUAUGGAAAAGAAAAAACUAGUUUUUGAAAUGAAUAUACCAAAAACCGAAGGUAUGACUAUUUCGUCUACAAUAGAAGCAAUGGAUGAUGAACGAAAAGAGUUUGAUAUGUCGUCUCUACAUUCACAAAUAAUUUCUGAUGCUGAUUCAAUGUCAACUGAAACAGGACAUAUAGUUAAAACAGUUCCGGAAAGUACACAUAAGCAAUCGUUAUAUUCUGCUUUAUCAUCCGAUGGUUCAACAGAACCGCUUAUUGUUCCCAAAAAGACCUAUCUUUGUUACAAAGAGCAAGACGGUGAUAUUAAAGAAUCCGACCCGUUUAAUUCAGAAGAGGGUUGGGGCCUAGGAUCUAAUGAGGAAAUAGGCGAUACGACACCAGGUUUUACUCAUUUAAAUCAGCAAAUUCAACAAUUAAAUGAUGCAAAUAGAAAACUUCAACUGGAAUUAAAUACCGCAAAUGCAAAAUUAUUAAAAGCUUUGAAAAAAUUACGGGAUAUCAAAAUCACAAAUGAAAUGCUAUCAAAUGAAUUAAAAUUAUCUAAGCAAAUUUCCCAAUCCUCUAUGCUGGAUAUGGCUAUUGAAAGUGAAUUGUCAAGUAAUCUUGAGGUUUUAGAGAAAAAAGUGCAAGAGCUCAAUACAGAAUUAAAUAAAGAAAAAAAAGACAAAGAAACAGUGAAAAAACAAAAUGACAUAUUUAAAAAUGCAAAUGACAGAUUAUUAGAAAUGAAAGAAAAAUUAGAAAAUCAAAUAGAGUUAUGGAAGUUCAAUUAUAAGCAAGCUACUGAGAAAAUCACUUCUUUAGAAUGGGGUGGUGAUUCUAAGGAUAGUACAGAUAAUAGAUAUAAAUCAUGUUUGGUAGCUCAGCAGCCUGAUGAAUCUGAAUUAAACAAAAAACUGCGAAAUGUUGAAGAAGAAAAUGAAGAGUUGCAGACAGCAUUUGAUAAUGUUAAUUCACAAAAUAAGAAAUUAUCUAUUGAAAAUGAUAAUUUGAAAGAAGAAAUAAAUAACCUGAAAUGGCAACAACAACAGCGAUUUUUAAAAUGCGAUAACUGUGACAGUGUGAACGAUAAAAAUAAAGAAUUAACCUCCUCUCUGGAUAUACUGAAAGAUGAAAUAAGUUAUCUCAAAGAAAAUUUAGAACAACGAAAUUUGUUUUGUGCGAACUGUGAAAAGUUAAAUGGACAGUUAGAGCAGUUGCAUAAUAUAAACGUAACAUUGCAACAAAGCAAUACAGCAUUAUUAGAGAAUCUACAACGCUCAGAAAAAUGUUGUAGUGAGCUUAUGGAAGAAAACAGGCUUUUAAAAAAUACUGUGGACGUAAAAGAAAAUGGAUGGCAAAAUAUAAAAAAGGAAUUAACGGACAAAAACUUUUCGCUUGAGCAAGAGAUGCAGUCUUUAAAAGAUUCGGAAAAAGAAGCAAAUUCUAAAAUAUCUAUCCUAAAUGAUGAGUUAGAUAAUAUUAAAACAAAACUACUUACAGCUGAAGGCAAACAGACUGAGGCAAAUUCUAAGGUGUCUAUUUUAUCUGGCGAAUUGGAAGAUUUAAGAAUAAAAUUAGCUAUGUCGGUGAAAGAACAAAACAUUAAGGAAGUACAAGAUUUCAAUGCCGUUGCACUAGCAGAAAAAUGUAGUACUAUGGAAGAGUAUUGCUUCAAUUUAAAAAAUAAUAUGGAGGACUCAUAUAAAAAAAUUCAACAGCUCGAAUUAGAAAAGGACGAAUUAAAAGAUGAUAUAAGUAAAUACGAGAGUCAAAUAAGUGAAUUAAAUACGAAAGUCCUAAAUUUAAAUACUGAAAAUGAUCAAUUAUUAUCAAGCGUGGCUGAACUGCGUUCUUCAGUAUCAAGCGCUAUGGAUCAACGUGGAUUUGAAAUUGCGGAAUUAUGGAAGCAACAUUUAGCACAGAGGGAAUGUGAAUUCCAAAAAGUUGAACAAGACUUGCGAGAUCAACUGAACGCUUCACAAGCUAAAUACGAACAACUUUUGGAAAAUGUUCAGUCGUCGAGUGAAGAAGAAACGAAUAAAAUUGUUACGGCAGAACAUAUAAGCUCUUUAAAUAAUAAACUGCUAGAAAAGGAAGAAUAUAUUAUAAAUCUCCGAGAUAAAUAUGCAGAUGUAAUAAAUCAACUUGAAUUAGUUCGUUCAGAAAUGGAAGACGAAAAAGUUAUACAAGAAAAUAAAGUAUUUGUUCAACAAGAAGAAUAUGAAAAAGACAUACAAGAAUUGAAAAACCAAAAUCAAGAUCACUGCCUUAAAUAUGAAAAUACUAUUAAAAAUCUUGAAAAUGAGUUAGAAGCAAUAAAAACAGUAAAUGACAGUUUGAAUAAGCAAGCAGAUGAUAUACAUGAUGGUCACGAAGUUAAAAUUACUGAAUUAACCAGACAACUAAGAGUGAAAGAAAGUGAAAUAUUCCAAAAAACACACGAUUUUACAGUAGCAUUAACACAGAAAAACGAAGAGUUUGAAAGUGUGAGAAAACAACUAAUGGAAUAUGAAAAAAAAGUGGAAGAUUUGACCUUUGAAAAAGAAUCUGAGUUGGCUAUAUUAAGAUUAAAAAUGCAUGAACGUACAGAGGGCUUUGACAAAGUGAAAAAAGAUUUACAAAUUGAAAACAAUAACUUGGCAGAGUCUUUAAAAGAAAAAAUUAUUGAAUGUACUAAUUUGAAUAAACAGAUACUUGAUUUGAAUAAGGUAUUGGAAGAGUAUGUCAAUAAAGCUACAGAAACACAGGUAGUUUUAGAAACUCAAGAAAUAGAAAUAGUAACGCUGAAGGACGAAAUAUUAAGUUUGAAAGAUGCUUUACGAAUGGCAACUACUAAAACAGAGAAGUUUGUAACAUUUGCCGCCGAUACUAAGCCUGGGGCUGACGGUGAAAAAACGGACAGAUCUUUAGAUAAAGAGCUUUUAGAUGCGGUUCCUAAAGCGGAGUUAGACUUAGCUCUGUACAUGUUGCACCAAAGAGACGUGCGUUGUGAGGAAUUAACGAUGGAGCUUACUCAGCUUUUAGAAGAAAGAGAUACACUCCAGUUGCGACUUUCCGAUAGUUUACGUUCAUUUGAAGAUUUAAAAUCACGCUGUGCCUCAUCCGGAUUAGAUAUAUCAGUAAUAUCAAAUUAUGAAGGAAUUUCCGAAUUGCCUAGCUUCAACGUUGAAAAGGAAAGCCAGUUUGUCGACACGCACAGAGGACAAACUUCUAGAAGUAGCAGCAUCAGUGAUCCAGAUGGAGAGAAACCGAAGUUGCAGGCAAAGCUUACCGAGUUGCGCACUGUGAAACAUAGCCGCGACGUGCGAUUCCGGCAUGAGAGUGAACAGCGCCAGCUGGGCAUGCGACUUCUACAUCGUGACGUCGCGAACCUACCGCCCGAAGCAGUCGAGCAGCUAACUCAAGCGCACCACACGCUUUCACGGGACAGCCAAAGCACUCCAACUGUUCUUUUAAACUGGCUACGUGGGAAGAGCACACCAAAAGUAGUGCACAUGUGAAAAACAAUUGCCUCGCUAUUCUAGAGUACAAGGUGCGUUUAAUUCCAGACUAGUGCAUUUAACAGAUCACACACCAUCACGGAACUUCGCUCAAUUGGGCAAUGUUUGAGAUAAGUUACAUUGUUACAAUUUGUGCACUAAUCACAGCUUGCCGACGAAUAUCGACUAUAUACUAAUAUGCCAGUAUCGUCUUCUCAAGUAACACUAGUUUAUAGGUAGAAAAGGGUUUAAACAUGCGUUAGAAUAACUGGAAGUAAUGUUAAGGCGACAUGUAAGUGCAAAAUUCCGACUGAUAUAUCUGGCGAUAACGACGGGUUCCGUACCUAUAAAAUAGCGCAGCGUUCUUUACCGGUUUUCCAUCAGUUUGGAGCCAAGGAGCAGUGUUUACCGAUCGUUACACUCCGUUUGCAUGCUGAAGCAGAUUUCCUACGAUUGAUAUAUAAUUUGUUUCAUCUUUUGUUUGUUUCUAUAUUCCAAACUGCUUAACUAUAACUUAUAUGAAUCUUAUAUAAACUAGAUCAAAGUAUAUUUAUGUAUCUGUGGGAAAAGUGCUUUAGCAUGAUUUACGAUUAUGACUGUGCCUUAAGUUUAUUUUGACAUACGCGUAGGAAAGGAAAAUCUACUUACUGAAUUACUUACAUAAUUUUAUAGCGACGAGCUUUAUUAUUAUGACUGGUACUGGCAACGAAAAUCCGAAAAUGAAAUACGAUUUCGUUUAUAUUUCACAAUUAGUUAUUUUCAUUUUGUUUACACAUUAAUUAAUUAUUAUUUGAAAUGUAUUAUAUUUUGACAUAAAUACCUACCUAACAUGAAAUUGAAUUUAAAACAUACAUAUAUAAAUAUCGUAUCGGUACAAAAAUAAAUUUUGUAACAUUGGCCGAUUUAUUUCCAUUUAUAAUUUGUACUUAGAUUCAGAAUAUUACAGCCUAUUUUAAUUAUAUCAAAGUUAAUAAUGUACUGGUAGAUUCUAAUCUACUGCGAGCUCAAAGGGAAACGUGAUUUCCUUGAAAACUGCAAAGAGGAAACAAUAUAUGAUAAGGUGAAUGUAUUGUAAUAGGUCGACUGCAUAAUUUGAAGAAAGAGAAAUACAAAAUAUUUCAAUCACUAACCUGUUUUUGGACAUCUUUUUGACUUUUUUCCGUUUCAAAAAUGUGCUUUUAUUCAUUAUAUUAUCGUAGCAGUCUAAUAUAGUAAACAAUAUUUCCGGUAGUCUGUUUUAUAAUACGAAAAAAUAUUUUA